AUGGCUUCACGCAAACCCAAAGCCCAAAAUGAGGCCAACAAAGCGGCACCCGGCCUUACCGCUCAACGAAACCCCUAUGUCUUCGCCUUGGGUAUGGUCGGAGCAGCUUUGAGCACCAUGGCCCUUGUGCUGGCCCUCAUUGUUGGCGUCACACCCCUGAUUUGGUCUCAGGGCUCAGGUUCAUCAGCAGUCGAGCCUACGUACAAUCCAACUCUUGGACUCGGCUCAGCACUUCCAAUUCCUUGUCAUUCACACAACGACUAUUGGAGGAGAAUUCCCUUUUACUCGGCCAUCAACGCUGGCUGUAUUGGUAUCGAAGCAGACGUGUGGGUGGUUCAGGGUGAACUGUUGGUCGGUCAUAACCUGGGAUCCCUUUCCAGCGGCCAGACUUUGACGUCGAUGUACAUUCAACCUCUGGUUGAACUGCUCCAGACAAAGAACUCAGUCAAAGAUCCAAACAUCCCCUUUCGAGGGGUGUACGAUCACGACCCCAGCCAGACGUUGGUCUUGCUGGUGGACUUGAAGGCCGACCCCAACAGCUCUUGGCCGCUUUUGUUGGAAAGACUGGAGCCUUUGCGUCAAAGAGGAUGGUUGAGCCAUGUGAACAACGGCGCUUUCAUCUCAAGGCCCAUCACAGUCGUUGGAACCGGCGAUACCGAAGUUCGUUUGGUGAAUGAGGAGACUCCUUUUCGAGACGUCUUCUUUGACGCACCGCUUAACGAACUCGAGGAAGGGGAGUUCAGCUCUCUCAACUCGUACUACACCAGCGUGUCGUUCGAGAAGACGAUCGGCAAGAUUGGCCGUGGAGGUCUUCAGCCGGCGCAGCUGGCCAAGCUGCGGAAUCAGAUUUCCCAGGCUCACAGUCGAGGACUCAAGGCACGAUAUUGGGGCAUGCCCUACUGGCCGAUUCAUGUGCGGGAUCAACUCCGAGAGCUUCUAAUCGAUGAAGGUGUUGAUGUCCUCAACGCUGACGACCUGGUGGAGGCCAAGGACAUAUUUGCCAGGCGAGGACGCUUGGUCGAGUAA